AUGGCUGCCGCCCCGGCGGAGCUUAUUCUCCAAGAGUUAGAUGCCGUGCUGCACCGCGCCAACAAAACGCAAUCAGAACUCUAUCAGCGGGUCGCCGUCAUUGGCGAACGCAUCCGCUCCCGUCAAGUGCUCACACGUGCAGAUGAGCUUACUCAACUUGCGCGAGCCGAUAUUCUGCGUCGUUGUCGCGCCAUUCAACAGGGACGCAACAAACUGCUCCAAACGCUUCGACACGCCGCGUCCCUGUUGGCAACCGGUGACGUUAACAACUUGUGCGGCCGGUCCAACACGGAUGCGGUUCUUUCCACCAUCAAUGAGGCAGCGCAGGUGGAGCAUUCGUUGUCUCGAUGGCAGCAACCAUCACUUAACAUCGAGGCGUGGCGAAAUGUUGUGAGUUCGGGGCCACAGGAUGACAUGGCAAUGGAACGGUUAUUGCAUCCGAGCGGUCCGCGAUCCGGCGGUGACGGUAACGAGCUCCCGGGGUGGAUAUAUGUCCCGUGUAUCUGCAGUAUUGUGGAUUAUUGCCGCGUGAAAAAAAUGCCUUCAGCGCCGGGUGGUAGUUGCGGCGGCAGCAGCGGCAAUGGGAAGCGAAAGGCAAAGGGUGACAACAGCCUAGAGGAGGGUCACCGUGGCGGUGAGGAAGCCAGCGACGUGGACGGUUUCGGGAGUAACAGUGAAGAUGUGGCCAAGGAAAGUAAAAUAGCGUUAUUGAUGCUUCAGGCCGCCGCCACUGCGGUCGACGAGCUAAUUCAGCGCACUGAAGAUGAGCAAACAGCAGCUGUGGGCAACGGCACAAGUAAAUGUACAGACGAGGAGGAGGAGGAGGCAAAGGAAAAAGCUGUGGAGGAGAAACGGCUUCGCGUGUGCAUUGAGAUUGCCGCUAAGGCCGCGGCGUACACGCAUGCUGUGAAGGCACUCAGCGCUGGUGAAGACAGCGCCCUUUUUGAUGGUGUUUCCGAUGCCGCUGCCACCGUAGCAAGUCUGGUGUCUCUCCCAUCUUCUUCUGCAGCAUCGCUUACUCAUGGGGUGCCCGUGGAGUUACUCGUGCUUCCACCAAUGGAAUCUUUGUUUUAUUGUAUCGCGUACACUGUAGGCGCUGCGAUUCUGCGAGACGAGCAGAAUGAACUGCGACUGACUGCACCCGGCACAGCUGGGUUGGGUGGCGGUGGUGAGGUUGGUAAUUAUACGGAGAGUGAUGGUGGAGAUCGUGGCGGAUCCUGUGCUACUGCUUCCGCUGUUGCCUGUAACGAGGAAGAGGAAGUGGCGCCGCUGGAUGGAAUUACUGCGGGGUGGAGAGGGGACUGGGAAAUGUGGUUGCAGCGCAGUAGCGGUGCGGACUGCAGUUUCUUGGGUCCACGACUUUUGCAGUAUUUGUUGGAGUAUGUUUUCUUCCCUACGGGGUCUGCCGGGCAUGUUGGGACGGUAUCCGUUGCACCUGAGGCAAUGAGGCGUUGGCUGAUGCUGGCAUGCGGUGGUGAGGCCGGGGUAGAUGGAACUGUCGACACAAUGAUGUCUCUCUUUAUGGGACAAUGA